AUGGAUUUAAUAUACUCAAUGAGGCGAAAGCCUCUGAAUUGUGAACCGCCACAUUUCGAAAGUGUAACAGACCAUGAAGUGGUCCGUCCAAUCUGCACAAUUUCAACAUGCAACAUCAUUGCGUUCUCUUCCCCCACGGAGCUGAAUGACACAGAGGGGGACACGUGGGGUGGACAUGUGUAUGUGUGUGACCUCGACACUCCAUGGGACAGUCACAGGGUUACAGGGAGUGCUUAUCCUAUAUCAGUCCUAGAAUGGGACAUAGAAGGCAAGCAGUUACUGGUGGCAAACACAGUAGGAGAGGUGUCGGUAUUCACACAGAAGGACUACCUGCUCAAUGAGUGGACCUGCAUCUACACUGCCAGCUUCCCAGGGGAACACAUAAUUGGCGCGUCGUUCUUCCACAACGGACGUCGCACUGUGAUGGUGGACAAGAAGCCAGACGCUCCCAUCUCUGAGCGGAUACAGAUGCUGAGAUGUGCGCCCACGCUCAAGGGAUUCGGCGGUGUGGCGAGUGAGGGCGCGUGUAUAGUGACCGCGACCGGCCUGGUGGGGGCACUCACUCCCCCCGCGGAGGGCACGCGCGCCACUGUCACCACUGACUGUCUGCGACCUACUAGGGAUCAUAUCACUGCUGUCAGCAUCGCGCAUAAAAACGGCAGCCUGGCCGUGGCGAUGGUGUGCCGCGGGGGCGGGGGCGGGGGCGCGGGCGGGGGCGCGCGGCGCUGGUGCGUGCGCGUGGUGUGCGUGGGCGUGGCGGCCGCGGCGCUGCGCCUGGAGCCGCUGCCCACCAUCUACCUGCCGCCGCAGGACGCGCAGCCCGUUUCGAUAUCAUGGUGCGGUCGCGAGGAGUGUGACUCGCUACUGGUGGCCGGGGCCGCGCUAUCUCUUUGGAAGUGCACUGAGAGAGCUCACCAAGUACACAAGUUGUUUGCUAAAGGUCCUCUACAAGGCAGUACUACACCUGGAGGUGGCCCCAAACCUGGUCUAGAUUGCUUCAGUACUCUCGCGUGGCAGAAGACGGCGGCGUGGGGCGUGGAGGGCGGCGAGCGCGGCGUGUGCGCGGCCAGCUCGCGGCACCCCGGCGCGCCGCCGCACGCCGUGCUCGCCACGCCGCGCGCCAUACACCUGCUCGCCCGCGACACGCACCACUACAUAUGCAGUCGCGCAGUAGUAACUACAGGCGGCCUGUCCGCGGUGGAGGCAGCCUCUACGCCGCCCAAGAAAACUAAAUAUGGACCCAAUGGUGCACCGGGCGGGGCGGGGUGCGCGAUAGUGUCGUGCGUGGAGAUGUCGCACCUGGGCGGCGUGCUGGUGGCCGUGGACACGCACGCCCAGCUGCACGUCUACCGCCUGCCGCAGCCCGCCGCCGACAUACCGACCCCGCUAGCAGUGCAGCUAGCUACCGGAGUGCUGGAGUGGGCGCUGGUGGCGGGCCGCGACCCGCUCGACGUGCUGCUGGCCGCCGCGCCCAGCCACAAUGUACUCGAGCUGCUCUAUGAGAGGAUAACGGAAUCGUUCCAGCGACAGCCGCCCGCCUUCCAGCAGUACUACUAUCAUAAUUGGUUGAAACUCAGGAUAGCGCUUUGCAGAAUGAUCCCAGGCGCCCAGAGCAGCGCGUCGUGGCUGACGUGCCUGCAGGCGCUGCAGGCGGGCUGGGCGGCCGUGUCGCUGGCGCUGCGCCCCGACGACAAGCCCGACGCCGGCGUGCUCGGGGCCCUGCUGGACGACCACGCUCACGACCACGAGAAGAGCCUGCUAGCCCUGGAGUCGAAGCCGGAAGCAGUAGUGGACGCGGCGGCCCUGCAGCCACUGCGGCGCUGCAUCCAACGCGCGCUGGACAUCGGCCUCACCGCCCUGCUCGCACUGGCCGCGCCCCACCAUCACCACACUUACGAGGUGGUGUCAGACGGCGCGGCGGUGUCCCUGCUGCGUCGGCUGGCGGGGCUGGCCCGCGCGGCCCGGCCCGCGGCGCGCGCCGCCGACCUGCUGGCGCGGCCGCUCGCCCGCCUGGCCUCCGCGCCGCCGCCGCCCGUGCCGCCCAAACAGGAUCUAGUGGAAGAGUGCGCACUACUAGGCACGCAAUGGACGGGCGCGCGCGUGUGGGAGUCACUGCCGCGCUGCGCCGUCUCCGCGCCGCAUGGCAAGCAAUGGCCGCUAUACUUGGAGUAUGGUGUGGAGCCUGAAGCGUUGCGAUACAAUCCUGACCCACCAGUUUACGCACAAUGCGAGACAACACCUUCCAUUACUAUGGAUGCAAUACGCUACAUGUAUGUAGGCGGUGGUCUCCGACCAGCUCGAUGGCGACAGUGUGGUCGCUGCGGUUCACGCGCUCUCGCCGCUUCGCAACCAAACAAGCAUCCGCUGCAGAGUGCUUAUGAUGGACGAUUUCUGGCUGACUGCAGAUGCGGUGGAAAAUGGACCUUAUUUUCAAAUAUAUAA